UUUUCUAUCCCUGUCCCAGCGUGAUUCGGUUCGAUUCACGUAUAAAUACUUACGCAUUUCUUUCUCGUCUGCUGCUUGUAAGGAUCCCGCCCCGUCCUCGAGAACGAUUGCACGCGGCUUGCGCGAUCGAAGUGACUUACUUGAGAUCCUGAAUCCUGAACUGCUGCUGCUGCUGCAGUGCUGCUACAAUUUGGUUUGUGGUGAAGCGGUGACGUGACGUGACGACGAUCAACAGGGACGAACGGGACGAACGAUGGCCGCGGCAGGAAGCACGAGUGCCGGCACGAUUUUACAAAAACUCGGCUUGAAGCCGAUAACAAAAUGCAGCCUCGUAAAAUUUUAUGCCCCGGCGUUCGGCGUAGCCUCUUACACCGCGUUAUCCGUCAACGUGAUGAAUCCCAGUCUUGUCAUCAGGGUUUUCCCAAAGAAAGACAUUACAAAUUUCUUGUUAGGGAGUGCUCUCCUUGGCACUGGUUCGUACAUAUACACUCGUGAUCAUUUGAAAAGUGCUCCUACGAGUGUGAAAAUUAUGUACAGUACCGCUGGGGCUGUGUUACUUAGCUUCGGAUCCGUGUUGGUGUGGGCAGUUCUCCGGUCGGUCGUGCCUCCUAAUCCGACUCUGUGCACAUUAGUGGGCAUUGGUUCUGGACUAGCGUUCAUUCAGGUUGGUUCCAGCUACCUGAACUUUGUCGACGGGCAGAUACAAAAGAAGUAGACGGACAUAACAUGAUCGAUGUGUAUAAAAGUACAUCCAAAUGAAAAAUUUGCAAUAAUACGUUAUGGAAAUAGAGUCGCAUUGAAUUAGAAACCGAGUGAACGAAUAAUGGUAACGGUUGAGCAAGGCAUUCUUAAAUAUUUACAAAUUUUUAUAUUUUCUAUUACCUCUGGAUACCAACGACCACCGCCGAUGUUUACGAGACGGAUCGCACUCUCGAAGUAAUCACGAAUUACAUUUAUUUUGUCCUUACCGAUUAUUUACUGACGAUCCAACUAUCACACACACACACACACACACGCACACAUCCACAAACACAAGACACGAAAAGCCUGAGCUCAUUGUUGUAUUCUACACGGCGCACGCGACGAAAUGAUGAACAAAGUUUUUUCAAAUGCGCACCACGCUUCGCGUUCUACAUAAGCAUUAUUAUUAUUAUUGUUAUUACUAUUAUUAUUAUUAUUAUUAUUAUUGUGAACACCGCGUAUGACCUACGUGUCAACGGAAAUGUGUGAGAAAGAAAAAAAGAGGAAAUUUCUUCUCGUAACACGAGUGCAUUUUCUUCAAAACAUGUAGUACCAUUGUCAUUCUCAACAAGUAAUCGAUUAGCUGUAGUGGUAGAGAUGUGCAAAUUCUUUUCAGCUGUUUUAAUAAAUAUUCAAAAAACAAAGAUUGGAAAGAUAUUUUGUCGACGAAUUGUCACGCACGAUUUCCGGCGGACAGGUUUUCGGCGUCGGAGAAAUACAAUAUACAUACACGUAUUUACUCGGAGUUUAGCGUUGACCGUGUGUGCACCGAAACAGAAAAUUGUAUCUUUAUCUACAAUAAAUUCUAUUGCAGUAUCCGAAA